AUGACCUCCAAAGGCACGUGGCUGCUCCUUCUGCUGAGCGCAGUCAGCCCUGCAGUCCUGGGUAACAUCAUCAUGAGACCCAGCUGUACUACUGGAUGGUUUUACCACAAGUCCAAUUGCUAUGGCUAUUUCCGGAAACUGAGGACUUGGUCUGAUGCUGAGCUCGAGUGCCAGUCAUAUGGAACCGGAUCUCACCUGGCAUCUAUCCUGGAUGAAAAGGAAGCCAAGACCAUAGCACAGUAUAUAAGUGGCUAUCAAAGAAGCCAGCCUGUGUGGAUUGGUCUGCAUGACCCCCAGAAGAGGCAGCAGUGGCGGUGGAUUGAUGGGUCUUCAUAUUUAUACAAAACCUGGACUGGCAAAUCCUUGGGCGAGAACAAGCAUUGUGCUGAGAUAAGUUCUAGUCACCAGUUCUCAACUUGGAAUAAUGAUGAAUGCAACAAGCUCCGGCACUUCCUGUGCAAGUACAGACCUUAG